GAUAUCCGGUAAUUUGUGCCGUACCUUGCCCAUACAGCCAAUCCAGAGAUUCCUUCCUUUCUCCUUGAUAUGCUCAUGGCAUUCCUGUUUAAAGCAUCCCGGCAGAGAGAUCGAUCUCUCCCGUGUUCUUGCUGUUUCCCUGUGGUCGCCUUCGUCUCCCACUCUCCCUCUCCCUCUCCCUCCUCAGGAAGUCAGGAUGCAGGCGACCGCGCUCCCGCUCCCGCUGCUGUUGCUACUGCUCUUGGCUGCGCUCCCGGCCCCGUCGCUCGGCUGGGGAGUCGAUGGCCAUCUCAUGAUCUGCCAGAUCGCACAGGGUCGUUUGAGUGGCGCAGCGGCGGCGGCGGUGAAGGAUCUUCUUCCUUCGUACGCGGGCAAGAACCUGAGCAGCCUCUGCUCCUGGGCCGACGACGUCAAGUUCAGGUACCCCUGGUCAUCGCCGCUCCACUACAUUGACACCCCCGACGACCUGUGCAGCUACAACUACGACAGAGACUGCAAGGAUGAGGAUGGCACCAAGGGCCGGUGCGUCGCGGGCGCCAUCAACAACUACACCUCGCAGCUCCUGACUUACCAAAAAUCCUCAUCUCCCCAGUAUAACCUGACACAAGCGCUCCUGUUCCUUUCACACUUCUUCGGAGACAUACACCAGCCACUUCAUGUGGGGUUUACCUCGGACAAAGGAGGGAACUCCAUUGAUGUCCACUGGUACACAAGGAAGACUGUUCUGCACCAUGUUUGGGACGCGAACAUCAUCCAGACGGCUGAGGUCGACUUCUAUGGCGACGGCGUGGCUGAUUUUAUCGACACGCUGACGAAAAAUAUAACGGGAGCAUGGUCGGAGCAAGUGCCUAGCUGGGAAGAAUGCGGCAAGAACCAGACUGCAUGCCCAGACAUAUAUGCAUCUGAGAGCAUCACUGCAGCAUGCGACUGGGCGUACAAGGGUGUACAGGAAGAUUCAACCCUAGAAGAUGCCUAUUUCUCGAGCAGACUGCCGGUAGUCAACUUGAGGCUAGCGCAAGGUGGCGUCCGAUUAGCUGCCACUUUGAACAGGAUAUUUGGCUGAUGAGGAAAUACGUUCUCUAUGAAAGGACGUGGCUAAUUUACGGGCGUGCUGGAAAGAAUGUUGCACAUCAACUUUUCUUUUUUAGAAAGCCCUCUUCACCUGUAACUCUCUUUUUUGUGGAAAGUUUUUCCAAUUAAGCAUAAGUUAUCUGGACAAGUUACCGGAAAAAGUUGAUGUGACAAGUUUAGAAAAAAAGAAAAGAUUAUUUGUCUCCUUUCAUAGACGCGAAUCCUAAGUCACGCGCGC